AUGGAAGCCCUCUGCUUUGUGGAGGCAGUCGAUUUUGCUGGCGCUACGGUUGGAAACACCGUGUUCUGUUGCGGAAGCGAAGACGUCUUCGAAGCAGAGAGAGAUACGUUCGCACGGACGGGUGUCGAGGCUGAAGCGCUUGAUGAAGGUACAGCAGCGGACUUCUUCUUUGUGCACUUCUCAGCCUUUGAGGUCGAGCGAGCUGUUGAUGAGAACGAAGACGUCGAACUUGAUGUGGAAGCCGCUGACGUGGGAGAGAAGGAGGGAGGCGCGGUGGUUGCACCAUUAUUUCCGAAGUACAACACGUACGUAGCAGCGAUAGGCAGAGGAAUUGGUGCUGUCAAAACAUCACCUUGCAUCGGUACAAUUUUCAACGGUGUCAUGCGAGGUAUCACGGCAGCGUUCACGGCGGCAUCCGCAAAGAUGUCGAAAGCAGUCGCCAGAUACAUGCAGAGCAAAGCUGCCUUGCGAUUCGUGGAUCGAGUCAUCUUGAUAUCUGUCUUGUGUCUGUGUGAAGGAAAGAAGUAG